GGACGCGCACGUCCCGGCGCGGCUGCCCUUCGUCUUUGUUCUCGCCACCUACCGGUCCCAAUUGGAACUGCAGAAGUCCCCUCCCACCUCACAGUGAGUUGGCCCUAACCAAACCAUUUUGUUUGCUGCAUUUAUUGUAACGAAGAACUCUCAGUAACUGCAAAAAUGUUAUCUAGUAUGAAAAAUACAGGGGCGCCUAGGUGACUUUGUCGGUUAAGAGUCUGCCUUCGACUCAGGUCAUAGUCUCAAGGACCUUAAGAUCCAGCCCCUAGUGGGGCUCCAUCCUCACCCUGGAGUCGGCUUUUCCCUCUCCCUAUGCUCUUCCUCCCUGCUUGUGCUCUCCCAAAUUUAAACAAAUAAACAAACAAACCCACACACACACACAAAAAAAAAACUUUAAAAGAAAUAUGAAUAAUAGAGGGAAAAAAACCUAUUGGAAAAAAAUUAUCUCUUAACCAUAGUGCCCUUCCAGUAUUUUACUAAACAAACCCGUUUCAUUUUCUCCCCCACCCCAAAGUUUUUGAGUAGUUUUGAGACAAUAAUGAUCACAUCAAUGUUAUCUCAUUCUUGUAACUUUUCAUUUUUUGAUAGUGACUAUGAACUUUUUAAAAUUGCCUAUUUGGUGAUUUUUUUUCUAGGAAAAGGCUUUUUUUCUUUCGUUCAUUCUUUCUUUUUCUUAAAAUAAAAGUUCUAAGUAAUAAAACAUGUAUACCAAUGGCUUCGUUUGAGGAUGCUUUAGUCCCUGAUUCUACAACUUGAGCUCUGUUCCAGGCGACAACUUUUACAUUCAUAAUCUCAUUUUCCCCCCUCAUAGUCCAGAAAAACUUUCCUUACUGAUGACUAUAUAAAUAGUCACCAUGGUUGACAGAGCAUUUUUAUUGUGAUGUGGCUGCUUUGGUGUUCCCAAUGCAAAGGGCAGAAUUUGUGUCCAGCCCAAGAGGUUGGUAAAAUCAUUCCUGUUUUACAGAUGAGGAAACUGAUGCUCAGAAGGGAGAAGUGUCUUGCCCAAAGUGAGCUUGCCAGGAGUAGUGGAGCUGGGACUUCCCUCCAAAGCUCUGGACCUACUCUGGUUGUCUAGUCCCUAGCUCUCCCCUGGGUCAGGGGCAGACAGGGCAGAGUUGAGCGUGGGCAUAACCAUAUUCUCCUCCUGGGAUGUUGUAAAGAUCAGAGGCCUCACAGUGCUCUUCAUCAAACUCUUGGUGUAAGGAUUGUUGCAUUCAGUCAUAAUUAUUGAAUUGUUGGACUUCAACUAUUUUUCUCCCCUGAGAAGCUGAUCCUGGAAAGCCAGAGGCCCCAAUGGCAAGCAGAUUGGAAAGAGAAAACUGACAUUUAUUCAGCACCUACUGGUAUUAGACAUAUGAGAGAUUGGGAGGAGUCCCUCAGUUCCUACAUCACCAUCGUUUGACAAGUAGCAAUACAAGAGGCAGAGUCUGGAAUAGGGUUUUUGUUAAUUCUGUUUAGGGUGGCAGGCCUUCUGAGAAGGCUUAUCAGAGGAGUGACACCUGGAAAGGACUUUAGAAGUUUACGGGGCAGAGGGGGAAAGGAGGGAAAAGAAGGAAAGAUACCCAGGGCUCUUACUGGCAUGCGGGAUGUGUUGUAUGCAGAUUUUAUUUAAUCUCCAUACUCCCAUAUGGAAGGAUGCUCAAGUAUUUACAGAGACAGAGCAGAUGAUCAGAGAGGUUGAGUCACACUGUCAGGAAACAGCAGAGCUAGGAAUUGAAGCUAGGUCUGUGUCUUACAACUGGGACUCAAUACUGCGCUCAAGGACAUCGCGCAAUGGGAGGGCUGAAGACCCCGACCACCACCACCACCCACCCCCACGCCCCCCCGCUGUGGUUGUCCACCCUGGGGAGGGGAGAACCCUAGAAGGAGCAGUCAGAGAGCAGGAGGCACAGGACAACGCAGCGACCAGAGUGGAGUCGAGGAAAGUGCUUGUGUCACCAGAGGCGGCCGUGGCUUUGAUCUUUUAGGGAUCCCUUCGUGUGCAGAGCGCGGAUCCGAGCCGGGUCUUGGGAUUGCUCCUGGCUUGGGUGAGCAGUUAAAAGCACCCACUGACUCCACCCUCCUUCCCCUCCACCAGGCUCCUAAAGCGAAUGUGGGCGGAGCAAAGACAGAAGCGGGGAAAGGACUAGCCUGGUUCCCGCCCCCAUCCAUUGUGCCGGGGGAGCUAGGAGGCACUUCGAGCCAAUCAGGACGUAGCAUGUAAAUGAGCAAGACGGGCAGGUUGGGGGCGACUCCAGAGCUCGGUGUCGCCGCCCUGGCGAGGGCGCAGACUACAUUCUACAUUGACUGGUCGCGAGGAGGCGUGGACUCUGGUGAGCAGGUUGGCUCUGGGCCAGGGGCAGAUGCCAAGGAGUUUUGGGUCUGUGAGGAGGGAGGGUCAGACAUACUCAGGCCCAGAGAUGGUCGGAGACAGCAUGCGCACGUCUUUGAGGACCCCACCCCCAACGACUCUGGACACAGACGGUGUGCAGACACCCAGGGAACGCUGAGCAGAGGAAAGGGCCCGAUGCCUGAAGGACGCGGGGUGAGGGGAGCGAGGGAUCCGUGGACGCCGGGACCGCUGACGCAGUGGCUGACAGACGAAGGGAGAGUUGGACUCAUGGAGGCCUAGGGAGACCCUCACGCCAUCUCCCGCCUGGCGCAGAGAGGAAUCCGUGGCUGCGCUGCGGAACCGGAGAGAGAGGAGGAGGAUAGCCAUCCCGUCCGCCUUCACCAUGACCAGCUGCCGCCACCAUUCCGGGUACUUGGCAGACGACGAGGCCGGCCACACCACCUACGUGGCCCGGCUGCCUAAGAAGCCACUGUUUCCGGGAAUGGGGCAAGCCGCCAAGUUGGGCCACACGCCACACCCACCAUCGAGGUACACCCCCACAGACAGCUUAGGGCUCCGUGGCCACCGACGAAACCCAAGGGACCCUCAGCCCUUUGGUACCUUCCUGGAUUUCCUCGUCGAGGGUCAGGUGCUAGACAGCCUACAGACGGUGGUGGAAGAGGCAACUGAGCGCAUGACUGCCACGAAGACAGAGGCUGGGGUGCCCCUGGUGGAGGUGCAGGACCCCAUAGAGGUGCCGAGGGGUGGGCGGCGGGCGCGUGCCCGGCCCAGCCUCAGUACCGUGCACCGGCACCGGGCCCGGCCCAGCCUCUGCACUGGACAGCCCAACAACUACCCCUCCUCCUCCAGCUCCAUGUCCGACUCCCAUAGCAGCUUCACAGCUGGCUGCCGGGGCUCCCACAGCUGGGACAGUGACCUGGGCGCCCGUGGCAUGGGCUCACUGCCACCCAUGAGGGACAGACUUUUGCUGGAGAAGAACCUCAAACGGCUUCUGAAGCUGGAGAACCGAGGGAAAGGCCUGGGUCCAUCCUGCAUCCGGAGGGACUCCCUGCUGUGGAACUCCCUGGCCAGCCAGUCUAGCAGCCAGUGGACCCAGGAGCCACCUCAGUCAUGGUUCUCAAGCCUGCUGGACUCAAACAUAGGCACACCCCAAACAUCAGAGCCCGGGUCUGGAGAACCGGAUCUGACGUUUCUCAAGCGAGAGUUCGAUAAGGAGAUCAAGUCCUUGUUGAACCAGCCAGUGUCCUUUGACCUGCCCGGCUACUGUUCAUUCCGUGAACCCCAUCAGACCCUGGACUUUCUGGCUGAUCACCACCUCUUCCCUGCCCUGCAGAGUGUAGUCCGCCAGGCUGUGGACAAGCUCAGUGGCGCCUGCCGCCAUGAUGGCUGCCCUCUUUUCCCAUCAGAAUGGGAGCCCGCCACAGAUCCCAGUUCUGACUCUGCGAUAGGCUCCAAGCCAGCCACACCCACCGAUGGGGAGAACCCCUACGAUGUGCUUCCCAGAGUCUCCAGCUCCAAGACAGAUCGAAGAAAGAGCACGAAGGGCAGAGGACAGGGCAAGCCCAAGGAAGGUGGUUCCCCUGUGUCUAGUGCCCAGGUGGCCACAAGAUACAGGAUCGAGGUGACACCCAAAGAAGAAUCCAAGAGCCCCACUUACAAGCUCAUGAAGAAGAAGCCACUGCCCUCCAUCUCCUCCAACUCCAGCAUGUCCCACCUCUCCAACCCCUUGUACGAGGACCUCGUCAGCUAUUUGGUGGACCAGGUUGUGUCCUUGCUCACCUACAAGUACAAGUUUGAGAAGAACCUCUCCAAGAAGCUGGGCUUCAUCUCCUUCCCAGUCACCGAGAUGCUCAUGGACCUCUUCCUGGGCUUCAGGAAGCUGAAGGACUCCCACAUCUGCCUGUCCCCCAAGAUUGACUGGAGCUGCCUCCAGCGGAGGCUGGAGCAGGCCGAGUGGGCCCAGCAGCUAUCCAGACACACGUCCCAGCAUGAUUCCUCCUCCCAGCGCAGCUCCCACCGCAGAGCCCCCCACCACAAACCCCACCACCGCAAGGCCCCCCACCACAGGCCACCCCAGAGCAGCACAGAGUCGCCCUCCACGCUGCUGGAGCCGGGCCCCCAAGUGGAUCAGGAGGAGGCCAUGGAGUCCAGCCUCAACAGUGAGUUUCCAGGCUCUCAGCUGCUUCCAGCUCAGGAGGACUCUCCAGUUGGGGGCCAGGAGCCCGCAAGCCAGCAAGAGCCCAAGCCCUCCAUGUUCUCCGGCACGAGCAUGGGCUCUAAUAAGCAUCAGGAAGUCCUAGACAUGGACAGUCAGAGCGAGGAGGAGGAAGAGGGUGAGGAUGAGGACGAUGACUUCUUAGGGGACAAUGACACAUCCCAGAGCUACCCAGGACUUCAAGUGGAGGUCACCCACUCUACAAAUGUGGGCCACAGUGACCCUCCGUGAGGCCUCCUGUAAGCUGCACUUGAUUCCCUAUUCCUCCUCUUGCUCCAAUGCUGCCCCCCUCACGCCCAGCUGGUCUCCAUCCUGAGCAGAGGUCAGGGUGGGCUGGACACCCAUGAGGAGCUCUGCUGGCCUGUCAGGGGAGCCAAUGGGAGAAAUAAAGCUUGUCUUGAUGGAACACCGUCUUCUCAACCACAGACCGCAGGCCCACAUCCGCAGACCUAAGCACCUGCCCUGGGGUGACACCUCGGCCAGGCAUUCAUGGCAGCUACCAAGCCCUGACCUUCACCACCCCCACAACCCACACACGCUCUGCUUGAACACAAAGCCCUGCUCAGGACUCUUUCCCACUCCAGUGUGCACCUUCCUGGCUCUUCCAGCCUUUUAGGACUCGUGGUCCCUUUCCCUAACAGCCCCUGGGCAUCGAAGUUCCUGCUUCCAGAAGGUUCCUCCUCUGCUGGGGCAACAUCCUGCUCCCUCUGACAUUCCUCUCCAAGAACCAUGCAGCCGCCCUUUCCCCAUGGCCCUCUGUCUUUCUAAUUUGUGCUUCUCAGCUUCAACUCCCAAAUCUGGAGGGUCCAAGCUAGGUCCCAUGGGAGUGCUGGUCUGGCAAGCUGUGUGUUGGUUGCCCCAGGCUGGCCAUGGGAUCACCCUUUCAGCAGAGGCACUGGGCCAGACAGCUCCCUCUGGAAGGGUCUGCAGACAAGGCUGGUGCUGUGAUUGGCAGGUCUCAUCUCCCAGGUUUUCUCCCGGGACCUCUGGCUGUCCUGUGUCACCAGCUCAGCACCCUCCCUCUCUCUGCCUUCCCAGGGAAGCCUUUUUGUUCCCCAAUCCAGGCAUCUUCACCCAGGGAGCUCCUUGACCUCUUGCCACCACCCUGUUGCCCUUGUGGCCAAGAGAGCAGGUGACGAUGCUCCACUCUGCCUUGCUGUGUAGGCAGCCAUUGCAGGGAGACCGGUAGGGGUCCCACACAUCCCCCUGGACCCCAUCUGGGUGUAUAGAGCCCGAAUCUGCUCAACCCAGCCUGGACGUGCUCAGUGGCCCACGUGGUAAGACGAAGCAAUCGCAGAGCUGCUCUAGAGCUGGGCAGGGAGGACCUUCCACAUCACAUCCAUGCCCUGCCAUUCUGGGGAAAAAGACUUCCUCUGCUCUAGUCAAGAGGGACCAGGGCCCUAAAGUGGAUGGGUCAGAGACCCAUUUUUUUUUUUUCCAGAAAGAUCUUGUGGCAAGGAUCUUUUAGGGCAUAUGCUCAACUCAUAAGGCCCAUUCCCUGGGGCCACCCACUGCCACCACGACCAUAGUGUGGGCCCACAUUUUUAUACCUUCUUGCCAUACCACUUGGCCACAGUCGAUUAGCCCUCUUGCCACAUUCUUAUUUCAAGCUAGGCCAAUCAGGAUUUUCCCCCCCAGGAGCUUAUAACUGGGAUGAACUGAGAUUUUUUUUUAAGUUUUUUUUUUUUUUAGUCAUAUCUAAAUCUGAAGUGGGGCUUGAACUCACAACCCCGAGAUCAAGAGUCACAUGCUCUUCCAACUGAGCCUGCUAGGUGCCCCAAGAUAGACUGAGAAAU